UUAUGUUUUUGCGAUGGAGCGAUGGUUGGAACUGAAAUUAGAUAAUUGUUCCUUUGAUGGGCAUUUAAAAUUGAAAUUCAAACGAAAGCUAAUUGGAAUGACUAUCUGCAGCCUUACCUAAAGUCCGCGUCCUUUUUAAAUGAAUAAAUAAAACUAAUAUGGCUACAACUGGCAUCCCUUUCCUCAACGCGUCCGAAUCACUCACUUUUAACACUUAAACGAUGGUGGGAAUACGAAUUCGUCGCAAGUUGCCUCUUAUUUUGGGGUGUGUCGUCCUCAUUUUCCUAGCGCUGAAGAGAGGGAAGCAACUCAGAACGUAUGAACUGUUCAUACCCAACCAAGAACCCAAAGCUGUGUGGGAUUUCGUCGCUGAUUUCAGUAAUAUGCCGAAGUUGAAUACGAAGAUACAGCGUUGGGAGCUUCUGGACGAGACGGGGAACUACGAGCGAUGGUCGUACCGCGUGGUGACCUACGAGACGAUGGUCGGCGGCGCCCUGUUCGGCCUCAACGAGAACCACGGCGAGGUGCUGGUGGAGCCCGUCAAGGCGCCCGACCACUACUACCUGCAGGAGGUCUACACCACGUACAGUCUUCACGGGUACCUUGUGGUGAGGAACCACGGCAAGAUGCACUUCCGGCGGGAGGUCCGUCACGGAGUGCGGGGGACGUUCUUCCAGCAGGAGGCCUUCAGCGAUUGCCCGCUCCUCCUGGCGCCCAUCUGCUCCUACGAGAUCGACCACAACCGUCGCAACUUCCUCGCUAACCUGGCCAGCGCCUUCGCUAAGUGAGGGUGAGGCUGAUU